AUGUCAUCAUCAUCAUCAUCAUCAUCAUUAGCAUCAGAGAUAUAUUUGACUAUAUUAUUAAGUGAUAUUUCAACACAAUUCAAUCGUUAUAUUUCUAUUAUUAUUUUACUCUUUGGUACAAUUGGUAAUUUUCUAAAUUGCCUUGUUCUAUCACAACCAUCUCUUAAAUCAAAUCCAUGUGCAUUUUUUUUUCUUAUAUCUUCAAUUGCAAAUAUUAUUUCAAUUAUUUCUGGUUUAUCAACACGAAUCUUAGCAGGAUGGAAUCUUGAUGUUACUAUGACAGAUACUUUAUCUUGUAAAUUUCGUGCAUAUAUUAUGUUUGUUUCUCGAACAAUUGCAUUUUGGUUAAUUGCAUUAGCAACUGUUGAUCGAUGGUGUUCAUCAUGUAAUCAAUAUCAACGUCGAAAAAUGAGUUCAUUACGAAAUGCUCAAAAAGGAAGUAUUAUAAUAAUUAUAUUAUGUAGUUUAAUCUAUUGUCAAAUUUUUUAUUGUUAUGAUGCCAAUUUAAUUGAUACACCACUACAAUGUUAUGGGAAAACAGUAAUAUGUCGUUUCAUAACUGACAUAACAUAUGCAUUUAUUACAGUAAUAUGUCCAAUAUUAAUUAUGUCAAUUUUUGGUCUAAUGACAAUAUCAAAUAUUCGUCAAACAUAUUCAGUUAUACUAUCUAAAAAAGACGUAAAUAAUCGAAAUUCUCGAUGUCGAAGAACAUUGACAAUGACGUGUGCACAACGAGAACGUUGGAGAAGAAUUGAUCGUUAUUUAAGACAUGUACUUUUUCGACAAGUCAUACUUCUUACUCUUCUAACACUUCCUCAAAUGAUCGAAAAACUCUAUACAACAAUAACAGUUAAUACAAAAAAAUCAUCAUUACAUAUUACUAUUGAUGCAUUUGUUUAUAAUAUUGUUUUACUUUUAAGUUUUGCUGCAAGUGGAAUGCCUUUUUAUAUUUAUACAUUGAGUGGCGGAAGUAUAUUUCGAACAACAUUUUUAAAACUAUUACAAUCAUUAUAUAAAAAACUGAAAUGUCAAUAG